GAACGUGAUUGGCUGCGUCAAACCUACUGAAGACGGGGGCAGUUGAUUGGUCGUUAAUCCCGGAAGUUCCGCUUAUUUCAAUUUGUCAACAAACGGAUGCAAGUGAGCGAAGUAUUCGUCUGUUAAAUUAGAUAAACUUAAAUAAUCUAAUUUAUUCGUUGCUGAUUAGCAGUUGGUUGUGGAAUUAUGAACCGAACUAUUGCAGUUCAUAACACAGACGAAGUUUAUGACAGCCGGGAUCGGUUCGACCGGAGUCCUCCGCCGCUCUCCUGCUCUUCACCGAAGCUUUUCGAGAUGUUGAAGUCUGCUUCAGAGCUCAUGAUGGUCCACGGCGACUUCCAGGCGACUUUUGAUGCCUGUAACGCGGGUCUGGAGUUCCUGGGGCGCAUGGAGCCAGAAGACAGAAACAGGUUUGAGGAGAUAAAACUUGGAUUCUGCAUCCUGGGGAUCCAGGCGCUGGCUGAGCUCAACCAGUGGCGGGGGGUUUUCUCCUGGGUCCUGCAGCACUACGGGCACGAGGAAAAUGUGCCUGCUAAACUCAUGCAGAUGUGCGUCCUCCUCUACUCCAAAGUCAAGGAGCCUGCUGUGAUGCAGAAUGCGACCCGGGCCUGGCUGUGCAGCCCGCAGAACGACCAGGCCGCCGGGUUCCGGCUGGUGGCGGAGCUCUACCUGCUGCACAUCCUCGUGCCGCUCGGACAUUUGGAUGAGGCGCGGGAACUCGUUAGCGGUGACAUUGGACACAACACGUUCACAGAGGAGCAACGGCGAAAAGCUUUGGAAGUGGUGGAAGAAAGAAGUCGACAGAAUCAAGAAGGCCAGAUCAAUCCAGAAGAAACUCCAGAUUCUGGAGCUGGAGAAUCACAACCGGUCUCAACUCAAAGGUCUUUACUCCGUAAAGUUGAAGCCGUGUUCAGGACGUUUUACAGAAAAUGCUUGAGGACUGGAUCCGAGUCGUCCAUUCUGCAGAAACUCUUCCUGGCCAUCAUUAUUUUCUACAUGCUUCUCUUCAAAUUGGACCCAGCUUUCCCGUCGUCCUAUAUGUGGACUUUCAAACUUCUUCAGCUGAUCAAGCAGACGUGGAGAGCGACGUUUACGUCAUAUCGCUCUCUGGUGUAGAGGAGGAAACUGUACAUUUAUUUAAUUUUCUCUGAGUCACUAUAUUCUGUUAGGGCGAUUAAAUUAAGAAAACAUUUAA